CCUCACAGUGGGCGCGCUUUUGUGGUGCCUCUCUCCGUGUACGCCGAACUAUCACUCCUGAUUAAUGGUUCGCCUGCGAAAUGGACUACAGUAAAUUCACUGAUCGCUACUUUCCACCCAUGCAGCUUCAUCGGUCCGGUAUUUGCGGGUUGCACCUUGGUGUCAAUCACAACAAUUUUCUUUCUCAUGAUCGAGCGCACCAUUGCCGUCCUGUUACCGCUGCACCGCGAAGCAGUGAUCACAAGGAAACGGACAAGCAUUCUCAUCCUGCUCUCUUGGCUGGGAAGUUUCUUCCUAGCCGUGUUUCCAGUUCUUUAUAGCAAGGAAAUCGUGCUAGAAUACAACGCGUGCAAUCGAAUGUGCAAUUACGCACUGAGGGCUGCGACGUUUCCCACCCAGGCUUGGAACGUACUCCUGUUUCCCGCUUUCGACUUCACUCUCCUGUCGGGCACAGUGGCAAUCAAUAUCCUGUCGUUCUCCACCAUCUGGAUGCACUUCAAGCGAAGGCAGCACCUGGCCGAAUCUGACUGCCAGCGAGUCACUGGACCCACUUUCACCGACAUUAAGGCAGCAAAGACCAUAGGGAUGCUCACCCUCGAUUUCACUGCUUCCUUCACCCCGAUCGCGGUCUUCGUCGUGGGAAAUGUCGCCGGGAAGGAGUGGUGCAAUUUCUCGUUUUUUGCCUUUUGGAUAUUGACAACCAACAGUUGCUGCAACGUUAUAAUAUACAGCGCAAGGGACCACAAGUUCAGGCACUGCGCUCAUCUGCUGCUGGUGCCGCUCCGGUGGAAGAGCGUGACGAAGACUUAGAGCGCUCGAAACUCAGCGGAUGUUUACAGAAAUGCGUGUUAUCCAAACUGAGAUAAUCACUUACGAUUUUCUUUGUCACGUCUGAAAGUUAAACAGCCGAAAAGAUUAGUAGCGACAGUAGGGAAGGGGAAAAAUGACUUUCAGUCACCGCCUUUAGCAGCGCAGGGAUUUUUGAUCUCAAGAGAAAAUUAAAUUAUUAAUUGGGAUUACCUUUUUAGGAGAGAAGUGUAAAGUUUUGGUACCAAAGAAGGUCGUCAUUAUACCCGUAAUAUAGGCCUAAUUUAGUCCAAUAUGCCUCUACAACGGAUGUGAGAAAAACGUUUUUAGUACAGCUUUUGUGUUUGGGUGUGCUUGUGUGU